AUGACUGAUCCCCAUGCCCCCCACGACACUGAGCCCCUCGCUGCUAUCUUCCCAAGGCGAAGCUUCGGCAACGAAGAAGUCAGGGCUGCCGUCCAGGUCUCCCUCCCCCAGAUAGCCAAGCUCUUUCACCUCAAGCAGUCCGAGGCUGCCGACAUCCUCGGCAUCUCCCUGACAGCUCUCAAGAACACCUGCCGCAAGCUCGGCGUCAAGAAGUGGCCCUACGCCCGCAAGAGGUCGCUGUGCGAUCUGGAGAAGCUGCAGGAGGAGUUCUUCAUGGAGCUGGAAGGGAAGGCGAGAGAACGGGAUGGGAGGGGCUCAGCAACGUCUCAGUCGCAGUCAGAGGAUGGGAGGACGUCGAGCUCAGGGACGGGGGGGUACGAGAGCGAGGACUGGGAGAAGGCUUAUGGGCCGGAUCUGAUCGCGUUCGGUGGCACUACAAGUUCCGUGAUGAAACAGCGGCUUCUGGAGACUCUGGCUGAGCUGUUCCGCAGUCCAACCAGGGACUCAGUGCUGCACUCGUUGACGGGGAUGCAAUCAUGCCUUGGAUUGAAUGAGAUUUUUGUGGUGGAAGCGUUGGAGUUGAGAUGGCUGAUGUCGGGAAGGGAAGAGGAGGAGCUCAUGAAACACAGCAAGGAGCUGCUGUCCGGGGACAAGCUAUCCCUUCUUGCGAACAGGCAGAAGCGUUCAGCCCAGGACCCCUCCGACGUUCACGGGGGAGGGAGCGGGAAACACGACGACAUGUUGAGCAAGCUCCAGACUCUGUCGAACAAGCAUGGAGGGAGCAGCGCCAGACAUUCCUUUCAGUCCCUGGACGAGCACGACAGGCUGUCUGUCAAGAGCGAUGACACCGAAGACGGUCUCGAGGACAGCGAGGGUCGCAGGAGCAGGCCUUACACUCAGGACUACCUUGACGUGACCAGCCUCAGCUCUGCCUCGCGGCGAUCUGCUGCCCCGCACAUCUUCAACAUCUACGAGCAGAUCUUCAUCGAUGGGACUGACGCAGCGCAGAAGCGCUUCCACGUGCCGGAGCUUCCCGAAGAGGUGAAGGAGACGAGUGGAGGAUGUGGGGCAGGGCUGAGGCGAUGGGGGGCGGGGAUGGAAUACAAGGAUGCUGGAGUCCAGUCGUCGAUGAGGCCAACGAAGUACGACUUCGAGGCUGAGCUUGGGAUCGUUGGGACCAGAGUAGAAGCAACGCUGUACAUAGCAGAGUCUUGGGAUCAUCUCACGGCGGGGAAAGGAGACAAGAGCAUGAUAGAGAAGCAGGUCGUGGCGGAUCUUGCCGUCUCCUUAAGGACAGACAAGUCGAGGCUUCGAGUCGCCGAUGUCAGGCCCUCCAAGGACAAGAAAGGCGUCGAAGUCUCCAUCCUCAUCAUGCCCAGCGUGGAGGAGGACGAGCACGACGCUGUACAGAUCGGAGAGCGUCUACAGCAGGAGUCUCAAGCUCCAAACAGCAUCUUGCGCUCCAUGAAUUCAACGCGUCGACUGGUCCGAGUGAGCACCAGGGAGAUCAAGGCUGCUGGGAGUGCGGGGGCGGAGUCGAUUGCAGGAGGAUACCCGUCGCUGCUGCGGUCGGGGGUUGUGAUGGACGACAGGAGCGUACGACCCUCCUUGUCGGCUGUGCAUGGCCAAGUGCCGACGGAGCUGAGGGUGGGGAACGACAAGUACGCGUCUAAGGAGUAUCUGGAUUGGCAGCAGCGGGAGCGGGAGGAGGUGCAGCAGAUCCAGCAGGCGCGGACAGCACAGGACGGUUUCUGGGUCGACGUGGAGGCAGGAAACCAGCAGGAAAAGAGACAAACUUACGGAACUUUCCGCCAGAAGGGCGAAGGGAGGAAGCUCCCCCCCUGGGUUUGGCAACUGCUCUCCCUCGCUGCCGUCAUCGUCCUCUGCAUGAUCCUCUGCGCCAUCUACGUUCGGUUUUUCCAGCACCGGGAGGGACGAUAA